AUGGCCAAGCGCAGCUCGCUCUCCAUCCGCAUCGUCGAGGGGAAGAACCUGCCCGCCAAGGACAUCAGCGGCAGCAGCGACCCCUACUGCAUCGUGAAGGUGGACAAUGAACCUAUUAUCAGGACAGCCACUGUAUGGAAGACCCUGUGCCCCUUCUGGGGUGAGGAGUAUCGAGUGCACCUGGCACCCACCUUCCACUCUGUGGCCUUCUAUGUCAUGGACGAGGAUGCCCUCAGCCGGGAUGAUGUGAUCGGAAAGGUCUGCCUGACGCGGGACACCCUGGCCGCCUACCCUAAGGGUUUCAGUGGGUGGGCCCAUCUGACCGAGGUGGACCCUGAUGAGGAGGUGCAGGGUGAGAUCCACCUGCGGCUGGAAGUGGUACCUGGGACCGGCCCCCACCGGCUGCGCUGCUCCGUGCUGGAGGCCAGGGACCUAGCCCCAAAGGACCGGAAUGGUGCAUCUGACCCCUUUGUGCGAGUGUACUACAAUGGCCGGACACGGGAGACCUCGAUUGUGAAGAAAUCAUGCUACCCCCGCUGGAACGAGACGUUCGAGUUUGAGCUGGAGGAGGGGGCUACGGGGGCACUGUGCGUGGAGGCCUGGGACUGGGACCUCGUCAGCCGCAACGACUUUCUGGGCAAAGUGGCGUUCAAUGUUGCAGGACUGUGGGCAGCCCAACAGGAAGAGGGCUGGUUCCGGCUGCAGCCCGACAAGUCCAAGAGUCGCAGGAACGAGAGCAACCUGGGCUCCUUGCAGCUGGAGGUAUGGCUGCGGGACGAGACGGUGCUGCCAUCCAGCUGCUACCAGCCCCUGGUGCAGCUGCUGUGCCGGGAGGUGAAGCUGGGCACCCAGGGCCCAGGGCUGAUUACACUCAUCGAGGAGACCACCAGCACCGAGUGCCGCCAGGAGGUGGCCACCAACCUGCUCAUGCUUUUCCUGGGGCAGGGGCUGGCCAAGGACUUUCUGGACCUGCUCUUCCAGCUGGAGCUGGGGCGCACCAGCGAGGCCAACACCCUGUUUCGGAGCAACAGUCUGGCCUCAAAGUCCAUGGAGUCUUUUCUGAAGGUGGCUGGGAUGCGUUAUCUGCACAGCAUUCUGGGUCCCGUCAUCGACAGGGUAUUUGAGCAGAAGAAGUACGUGGAGUUGGACCCGAGCAAAGUGGAGGUCAAGGAUGUGGGGUGCUCGGGGCUGCACCGCCCACAGACCGAGGCCGAGGUGCUGGAGCAGAGCGCGCAGACGCUGCGCUCCCACUUGGGGGCGCUGCUGAGCGCGCUCAGUCGGUCCGUGCGCGCCUGCCCCGUGGUGGUCCGCGCCACCUUCCGCCAGCUGUUCCGGCGCGUGCGCGAGCGCUUCCCCAGGGCCGAGGACGAGAACGUGCCCUUCAUCGCCGUGACCAGCUUCCUGUGCCUGCGCUUCUUCUCUCCCGCCAUUAUGGCGCCCAAGCUCUUCCACCUGCGGGAGCGACACGCGGACGCGCGCACCAGCCGCACGCUGCUGCUGUUGGCUAAGGCGGUGCAGAACGUGGGCAACAUGGACACGCUAGCUUCCAGGGCCAAGGAGGCAUGGAUGGAGCCCCUGCAGCCCACUGUGCGCCAAGGCGUGGCCCAGCUGAAGGACUUCAUCACCAAGCUCGUGGACAUCGAGGAGCGAGAAGAGCUGGACCUGCAGCGGACGCUGAGCUUGCAGACGCUGCCGGUCAAGGAGGGGCCUCUCUUCAUUCACAAAACCAAAGGCAAGGGCCCCCUCAUGUCCUCCUCCUUCAAAAAGCUCCACUUCUCCCUCACCACCGAGACGCUCAGCUUCUCCAAGACGCCCAGCUCCAAGAAAAGCUCCCUCAUCAAGCUGGCUAACAUCCGGGCAGCAGAAAAGGUGGAGGAGAAGAGCUUUGGCAGCUCGCAUGUCAUGCAGGUCAUCUACACGGACGACGCCGGCCGGCCCCAGACGGCCUACCUGCAGUGCAAGUGUGUGAACGAGCUGAACCAGUGGCUGUCUGCACUGCGGAAAGUGAGCGUCAACAACACUGGCCUGCUGGGCUCCUACCACCCUGGCAUCUUCCGCGGGGACAGGUGGAGCUGCUGCCACCAGAGGGACAAGACAGAUCUGGGUUGUGAUAAGACUCGGUCACGGGUGACUCUGCAGGAGUGGAAUGAUCCUCUCGACCAUGACCUGGAGGCCCAGCUCACCUACCGGCACCUGCUGGGCGUGGAGGCCACACUUCGGGAGAAACACCAGGAGCUGAGGGGGGCCACAGAGGCGGGCUCUGGCCCAGCCUUCUGCUCCCCAGCCCCCAAGGACAGCCUCGCCCAGCUGUUCCAGGUGUUGCAGGACCUCAAGAAGGCCCACAGUGCCAUUUCUGCCACCGUCCCACCCUCGGAGCAUAGCAGUGUCCUGGAACGGCAGACGUGA